CAGGUCGAAGCUCGUGUCGUCGGGACCUUUGCUGGUUGGUGCUAGACAUCUUGGCUGCCAGACAUGUCUCAGCGCCUCGCCGACCGCUUCGCCGACUGCCGCGCGGCGAACCGCACCGCCUUUGUGGCGUUCGUCACCGCUGGCUACCCGACCCUCGACGCCACCGUCCCUGCGCUCCUCGAGCUCGAGAGGAGCGGCGCGGACGUGAUCGAGCUAGGCGUGCCAUUUAGCGACCCGAUGGCCGACGGCUCGACCAUCGAGGCGGCGAGCGUGGUCGCCAUCAAAAACGGCGUCGUCUACUCGGACGUGCUCAAGUACGCCGCCGAGGCCCGCCGGCAGGGCCUCACCGUGCCUCUGCUGCUGAUGGGUUACUACAACUCGUUCCUUGCGGCGGGCGUGGACGAGACGUGCGCCGAGGCGGCGGCGGCCGGCGUCGACGGCUUCAUCAUCGUGGACCUGCCGGUCGAGGAGUCGUGGCGCAUCAUGUCUCCCGCCGCCGCGCGGCACAACCUGUCCCUCGUCCCUCUGGCGGCGCCGACCUCCGGGCCGGAGCGGAUCGCGCAGGCGGCCGAGGCGGCGCUCAACCCGAUCCCGGGGAUGGUGUACGUCGUCUCGCUCCUCGGCGUCACCGGCGCGCGCGACCAGGAGGCCGCCGCCGCCAAGGCGGAGCGGCUCGCCGAGUGCAAGGCGGUGGUCGAGUCGAUUCGCGACGCAGCGGAGAAGCUCGGCGCCAAGCGGACGGACCUGCCCAUCGUCGUCGGCUUCGGAAUCACGAAGCGGGCGCACGUCGAAGAGUUCGGCGCCUUCGCGGACGGCUGCGUCGUCGGCUCGAAGAUCGUGCAGGAGAUUGGCGCGGGCGGCAUCGCGGCGGCCGGAUCCCUCGUGCGCGAGCUGAGUGGCGGCCCGCUCGCCGCCGUCGGGCAAAAGGCGGCGUUUGCGAAGGCGCAAAAGAGCGAGGAGCAGCUGGCGGCGCAGAAGAAGCACGCCGACAAGUGGAACUUUGGCGAGUCCGUCUUUGGAGGGCGCUUCAUCCCCGAGACGCUGAUGGUGGCGCACAAGGAGCUCGAGGCGGCGUGGAACCACUGGCGCAACGACCCCGAGUUCAAGGCUGAGCUCGCCACGCUGCGGCGCGACUUCAUCGGCGGCCCGACGCCGCUCUACCACGCAAAGAGGCUGACGGCGCUGGUGGGCGGCGCGCAGAUCUGGAUGAAGCGCGAGGAGCUGGCCCACACCGGGGCGCACAAGAUCAACAACGCGGUCGGACAGGCGCUCCUCGCGAUCAAGCUCGGCAAGAAGCGCAUCAUCGCAGAGACGGGCGCCGGGCAGCACGGCGUCGCCACCGCCGCCGCGUGCGCGCUGCUCGGGCUCGAGUGCAUCGUCUACAUGGGCGCGGUCGACUGCGAGCGGCAGAAGCUCAACUGCUUCCGCAUGACCGAGAUGGGCGCCAAGGUGGUCCCUGUCCAGUCGGGCUCGCGCACCCUCAAGGAUGCGGUCAACGAGGCGCUGCGUGACUGGGUCACAAACAUCCGGACGACGCACUACAUCAUCGGCUCCGCGGUGGGGCCGCACCCCUUCCCCGACAUCGUGCGCGACCUGCAGUCGGUCAUCGGCAACGAGGCGCGCGCGCAGAUGCUCAACCAGACCUCGGGCGAGCACGGCCACGUCACCUUCUCCAACGGGCCCGGCCGGCUGCCCGACGUGGUCGUCGCCUGCGUCGGCGGCGGCUCCAACGCGAUUGGCAUGUUCACCGCCUUCCUCGGCGACACGCACCCGUCCAAGGAGCCGGCGCAGGGCCACGUGCGCAUCGUCGGCGUCGAGGCUGGCGGCGAGCACGGCCCGUGGCUGCCGGACGGGACGGAGACGGACAAGCACGCGGCGACGCUCACCAACGGCGUCGUCGGCGUGCUGCACGGCUCGCGCACCUUCCUGCUGCAGACGCCGGACGGGCAGAUCAAGGAGACGCACUCCAUCUCCGCCGGCCUCGACUACCCGGGCGUCGGGCCGCAGCACGCGCAGCUCAAGGCGUCGGGCCGCGUCGAGUACAAGUUCGCCACCGACUCGCAGGCCCUGGACGCGCAGCGGCUCGUCUCGCGCAAGGAGGGGAUCCUGCCCGCGCUCGAGCCGUCGCACGCGAUGCACACCACGAUGGAGCUCGCAAAGACGAUGCGGCCCGACCAGAUCGUGCUCGUCAACUUGUGCGGCCGCGGCGACAAGGACAUGCUGCACGUCGCAAAGGCGCGCGGCGUCGUCAUCGACACGAACGUAAUCCUGACGAAGGACGAGGGCUACGCCACGAUGGACGGCGCCAACCAAGGCGGCAACUGAGGGGCGGGUGGAACGGGUGGCCAGGAGCGCAGAGAGAGCCAGAGGAUGAUGCGGUGGGCAUGUUGGCCUAAUCUUAAGUACUAAGACGAGACCGGGCACGAGCGCACGCGACUGCGCUCUGCGGAGGUACAGGUAGGCGAGUCGAACUUAUUUUGUUUUUGAAUUUU